AUGGCUAUGCGAGAUUAUACUGCCGAUAGAGAGUCAUUUAAAAAUUUCUUUAUUGACUUUUGCCAGACAGACGAAGAUGGAGCAAAGUUUUUUAAAUACUCUGAGCAGCUUACCAAAGUUGCACAUAGGGAACAGACUGCCUUUGUGGUUGACUUGGAUGAUUUACACGAGAUGAAUGAAGAGUUAUGUGUAGCUGUGCUCAAAAAUACGAGACGAUAUACUAACAUGGUAUCUGAUGUCGUUUAUGAAAUGCUACCUGAAUACAAACACAGAGAGGUUGACGCUAAAGAUGCAUUAGAUGUAUAUAUUGAGCAUAGAAUUAUGUUAGAAUCAAGAAGCCAUAGGAUUCCAGGAGAAAUGAGAGACCCUAGAAACAGAUACCCCCCUGAACUUAUUAGACGAUUUGAAGUGUAUUUCAAAGAUGUAACAACAUCAAAAUCAGUGCCCAUCAGAGACGUAAAAGCUGAACACAUUGGAAAACUAGUUACAGUCAGAGGAAUAGUAACCCGUUGUACCGAAGUAAAGCCACUACUUAUAGUAGCUACAUACUCCUGCAGUGCUUGUGGAGCUGAGACAUAUCAACCAGUCCGCUCCCUACAGUUUACUCCGCCACCUGCCUGUACAGCAGAUGAGUGUCGUGUUAAUAAGACUGCUGGACAAUUACACUUACAGACACGCGGUUCACGGUUCCAGAAGUUCCAAGAGAUUAAGAUACAGGAGCAUUCCGACCAAGUGCCAGUAGGUCACAUACCUCGUCAAUUAUCAGUGUACUGUCGCGGUGAGACCACGCGUCGCGCUCAACCAGGGGACCAUGUAGCAGUCACUGGGAUAUUCCUGCCGCUGCUCAAUUCUGGCUUCAGGCAAAUGGUCCAAGGGCUGCUAUCUGAUACCUAUUUAGAGGCGCAUGGUGUAACAUGUCUAAACCAAGCCGACGAAAGCGAACUGGCAGAAGCUUUAACCGAGGAGGAGUUAGCGGAGUUGGCGGAAGACGAUCUCUAUUCUCGUAUGGCAAAAAGUCUUGCGCCAGAAAUAUAUGGCCACGAAGAUGUUAAAAAGGCUUUGUUGCUGUUGCUGGUUGGGGGUGUUGAUAGACGUCCAAACGGUAUGAAAAUUCGUGGUAACAUUAACAUUUGUCUCAUGGGAGACCCUGGAGUUGCCAAGUCGCAGCUCCUCAACUACAUAGAUCGUCUGGCUCCCCGCUCCCAGUAUACCACUGGCAGAGGGUCUUCUGGAGUCGGUCUUACCGCUGCCGUUUUAAAGGAUCCCUUCACAGGUGAAAUGAUGUUGGAGGGUGGGGCAUUAGUGUUAGCGGACCAAGGCGUGUGCUGUAUCGAUGAAUUUGACAAAAUGGCGGACAGCGACCGAACCGCUAUACAUGAGGUCAUGGAACAGCAGACCAUCAGUAUUGCUAAGGCUGGUAUAAUGACCUGUUUAAACGCCCGAGUGUCGAUCCUUGCGGCCGCCAACCCCGCAUAUGGACGGUACAACCCAAAGCGCACCAUCGAACAAAACAUACAACUGCCCGCAGCUUUGCUCUCCAGAUUCGAUCUCCUAUGGCUUAUACAGGAUAAACCUAAUAGAGACAAGGACUUAGAGCUAGCCAAGCACAUAGCGUACGUGCACCAGCACUCCUGUCAGCCGCCGACUGAAAUACGCGCUCUGUCGAUGCGACUCGUCCGUCGGUACAUUGCUCUCACUAAACGGAAACAGCCAACUGUGCCUACCCACCUCACUGAUUAUAUUGUUUCGUCGUACGUCGAGUUACGUCGCGAGGCACGUAACAGCCGUGACGUCACGUUUACGUCAGCGAGGAACCUCCUAGCGAUACUGCGAUUAUCUACCGCACUUGCAAGACUUAGAUUAUCAGACAUGGUUGAGAAGGAGGACGUGUCGGAAGCAAUUCGUCUCGUGGACAUGUCCAAGCAGUCUCUCACUCAUGUUGAAGAUAAUGUGCAAAGGGGUAUAAGUGCAACGGAUCGUAUCUUCGCCGUAGUUCGUGAACUUGCCGGUUCCAAUAAUACUGUGAAGGUAGCCGACGUCAUAGAACGCUGUGUUGACAAGGGAUUCAAGCCAGAUCAGGUGGACGCAUGUAUCGAAGAGUACGAGAACCUCAACGUAUGGCAAGUGAACCAAGUGCGGACCAAGAUUACUUUUAUGUAG